UUAACAGAGGAGAAAGGAAUAGUUCUGGAAAAUUCUACUGAAAUCUGUGUGGACCCCAUAAAUAUAUAUAUAUAUGUUUCAUUCUGAGGACUGUUUCUGCUAGCUAAACCUGAUUCUAGCCACACACACACUGGUGGGGGACAAAGGAUUUUGGGACCCAAAUGACUGGAAUAAACUGAUAGAAUUCUCCCUCUGCCAAGAUGUCAAAAAGAGAAAGAGAAAGGCCAUAUGCCCCUCCCCCUCCCCCAGCCCCUACAACACAAUUGCCCAACACCCCCGGGUUUGUGGGGUACAACCCCUACAGUCAUCUGGCUUACAACAACUACAGGCUGGGAGGGACAACAAGCAACAACAGUCGGGCAACGAAUUCUUCAGGAAUAAACAUUCCAAAGCCACCCAAGCCGCCAGACAAGCCGUUGAUGCCAUACAUGCGAUAUAGUCGCAAGGUUUGGGAUCAAGUAAAAGCCUCCAAUCCCGAUCUGAAACUAUGGGAAAUUGGGAAGAUAAUCGGUGGCAUGUGGAGGGACCUCACUGAUGAGGAGAAACAGGAUUACUUGAAUGAUUACGAAGCAGAGAAGAUUGAGUACAAUGAGAGCAUGAAGGCCUACCACAACUCUCCGGCCUACCUGGCUUACGUCAACGCUAAGAGCCGCGCCGAGGCCGCUCUGGAGGAGGAAAGCCGACAGCGCCAGUCUCGUCUCGACAAGGGCGAGCCGUACAUGAGUAUCCAGCCAGCAGACGACCCAGAUGAUUACGACGACGGAUUCUCCACGAAGCACUCGGCUGCCGCCCGUUUCCAGCGCAACCACCGGCUGAUCAGCGAGAUCCUGAGUGAGAGCGUGGUCCCCGACGUGCGAUCCGUCGUCACUACCGCCCGCAUGCAGGUCUUGAAACGGCAGGUCCAGUCUCUUAUGGUGCACCAGAGGAAGCUGGAGGCGGAGCUACUUCAGAUUGAAGACCGCCACCAGGACAAGAAAAGGAAAUUCAUCGAUGCCACAGAGUCUUUCAACGGCGAGCUGAAAAGGCUGUGUUGUAUGAAAGUAGAGGUGGACAUGGAGAAGAUAUCUGCAGAGGUCGCUGCGGCAGAGGAUGCAUCCCGCAGGCGCCUUUCGGAGCGGGAGAAGGAGGCGUCCACGUCCUCUAGCCUGGAGGAGGAGGAGAAACCAGUUGGCCCGUCAAACGGCAGCAAGAGCCAACAGGUGUCUGUCAGUGACAGCAGCAACAAGGAGAGAGAGGAGACGGAACCCAGCCCCAUGGAUACUGGUGAGAAGUCAAAGGUAUCGGAGGAGUCGACGGCUUGUCCUGCCAGUGAGGUUGAGGAGGGGGCGCCGUCAGAGGACAAGGAGAGUGUUCCGGAAGGGGUGAUGGAGGACGGCACCAGUGACAGUAACACGGGGUCGGAGACCACCUCUGCUGUGACGGAGGACGCCCCGCCCAGCGAGCCAGCAGCCUCAGAGGGGCCAAGCAGGGCACGCCCUACCGCCCACUGAAGAGUCGACCUCUGACCUUAGGGCCGAGAAAUGUCCAUGAUGCAUCAUUCCAUCUCUACAGUCCCACUCUGAUGAUAACACAUUGUACAUUAGUAUCUAUGUGAACAAAAGCUGUGUUUAGAUAGGUUUCUAUUUCCGAUGGGAAGUUUGAUGCAAUUGGUUGAAUCUUCAGAGCUCUGUUGGCAGGGUCAAAAUGGACCUGCUGUCAAUUUGCGAAGCGCUCCAAAUCCACAAAGCAAAGCAAUUGUCCCAACUAAAGUGAAUGUCAUCUAAAUUGAGUCACAAUUCAUACGGUGAAUUCACCGUAUUUCUAUCACAGACCGCAGUGCCAGUCGAUAGCAACCAUCCCAUCACCUGUCAAUAUAUCAAAACAUAUCUCUUGUCUUAUUCUAUGGUACUAUAUCUGGCAGACACUAUGGUACUAUAUCUGGCAGACACCAUUAAUCUUACCGAUUGAGGCUGGUUGUAAAAACUCGCAAAAAAACAAGUUGUUCAAUGUUUAAUUACUUGUUCUUUGGAGUGUAAUGUUAUUGUUGCUUUCAAUGUUAUUGUUGCUUUCAAUGUUAUUGUUGCUUUCAAUGUUAUUUUUGCAUGGUGUCGCAACUCCUCAAAUGGAAGAGUUUGCUUAGUAACGGAAGGGGUGGGGUGACUCUCUCUCGAUAUUUUGUCAUGUUUACUCUAAGUAUCAGUAUUAAGUGACAGUAUUGUCUCAGGAGUUAAUAGAAAUAAGUAGUUGUUUUCAUGAUUUAUUAUUAUUCUUGUGCAUUGUGAGUCCUGGGCCCAGUCCGUCCUUCCACCAACCUGUUGUAAUGCUACGAGUCCAUCCAUGCUGUACAGUGCUCUUAACAGUCAGUGUUCUAAAGUCUGCUAGCUCUCAAUCAAAUCAAAAGCGGUAUGCUUCGAACAACCUUUCAGUGUUAUGUUGUUAUGACCAGUAGUACAAUGUUCGACCCAGAACAAACUCUUAAAUGUUAAUAUGCAACGUAAGAAGCCGCGUUAGAAGGUUUGCGUGAGCGUGAGUGGUUUUUCAUCUCGUCCUAAAGCUACUUGGAAGAGCAGAGGGAGUCAUCAACAUACUGUCUUAAAAAUCGAUUUUGUUUGCCACAUUUAUACCAAUAAACUUUUCUACCCUGACAUGAA